GAGAGAGAGAGAAAGAGGAGGGAUCUGGAGAGAUCACAAGAGGCGGACUCGCGGAGAAGGAAGGCUUAAACGCGGAGUACAGAGACGCGGAGCAGCGAUGAAGGCGGCGGGAUUGUGCACGCAGGCGCUCGCGCCGCUGAUGGUGGCGGCGGCGGCGGCGGCGAUGGUGGCGCUGCUUUCGGCGUCGAGCGCGCGCGCGGCGGCGCCGGUGAUGGACGCCGGGGACAUCUCGUUCGAGUAUCACCGCUACGAGGAGAUGCGCAAAGCGCUGGUGUCCGUGUGGCUGCAGUGUCCGUCCAUCGCGCGCAUCUACACCGUGGGAGAGAGCUUCGAGGGGCGCGAGCUGCUCGUGCUGGAGAUGAGCGACAACCCGGGCGUCCACGAGCCUGGUGAGCCAGAAUUUAAGUACAUUGGGAACAUGCAUGGCAAUGAAGCGGUUGGCAGGGAGCUCUUGAUCUAUCUGGCUCAGUAUCUGUGUAAUGAGUAUCAACAAGGCAAUGACACCAUCAUCAACCUGAUCCACUCCACUCGCAUCCACAUCAUGCCCUCCAUGAACCCUGAUGGCUUUGAGAAAGCCGCCUCGCAGUCUGGAGAAAUGAAGGACUGGUUCGUAGGACGCAGCAACGCUCAGGGUAUCGACCUGAACCGGAACUUCCCAGACCUGGACCGUAUCGUCUACAUGAACGAGAGAGACGGAGGAGCGAACAACCACCUGCUGAAAAACAUGAAGAAGGCUGUAGAUGAAAAUGCUAAGCUCGCCCCGGAGACGAAGGCAGUAAUUCACUGGAUUAUGGACAUCCCAUUUGUCCUGUCAGCCAACCUUCAUGGAGGAGACGUGGUGGCUAAUUACCCAUAUGACGAAACCCGAAGUGGAUCUACUCACGAGUACAGCGCCAGCCCUGACGACUUGGUGUUUAAGAGCUUGGCGAAGGCGUACUCCAGCUACAACCCAGUGAUGUCGGACCCAAAUCGAGCACCAUGCCGCAAAAAUGAUGAUGAUUCCAGUUUCAAAGAGGGCAUCACUAAUGGAGGGGCCUGGUACAGUGUGCCUGGAGGCAUGCAGGACUUUAACUAUCUGAGCAGCAACUGUUUUGAGAUCACGCUGGAGUUGAGCUGUGACAAGUUUCCACUGGAGAACACACUCAAAAUGUACUGGGACCAGAACCGCAACUCCCUCAUCAACUAUAUCGCACAGGUUCACCGUGGAGUGACAGGAUUUGUGCGUGAUCUUCAGGGAAAUCCCAUCUCCAAUGCCUCCAUUUCUGUGGAGGGAAUCGACCAUGACGUUACCUCAGCUAAGGAUGGUGAUUAUUGGCGCUUAUUGGCUCCUGGUAACUACAAAGUUUCAGCCACAGUUCCUGGAUAUCUUACAAUGACCAAGAAAGUAGCUGUUCCACACAGCCCUGCUGUUCGGCUCGAUUUUGAAUUGGAAUCCUUGGAGGAACGGAAGGAAGAAGAGAAAGAGGAGCUCAUGGAUUGGUGGAAGAUGAUGUCAGAGACCCUGAACUUCUAAAUUCCAAAACCAUCUGUACCAGUUGCUGACCCGACUGGGAAUCCUGGGUGUAAAAUAUUUAAUCGAUGUUGUACGUACAGUAUGUGUGCUCAUUUACAUUAUAGUAGCUGUUUUUCUAGGGCGCGACAGUGGACGAGCAGGGAACGCUGUGGUGAUCUGAUGGAGAAUGUGUAUUGGUAGAGAAGGAAGAUAAAAGUUUAGUACAGUUUACCGGGGUUUAAUACAGUUUCACUGAUGUCGUGCUCUGCCACUCAUGUAUUAAUGGAUUCUUUUCUGCAAAUAUUGAUGGGCAUUUAGCUUAUAGGUGUUGUUUGCAACAAUAUGUUAAUUGUCAAUUGCCUGUGUGUGUGUGGUCACACAUAUACAUUACUGUAUAUACACACACGUACGGGUAGUUAAUAACGCAAAUGGUGUACUCUAUCUUUCCUUUUCGACAUUGUUCUUGUGAGAUAUGUUUAUCACUACCCAACCAGGAAGCACUGUGUUGUGAAUGAAUGUACGUGUCAGUUAUUAAUUAUAUUGAUCACUAUCGAUAAUGACGAUGACUAACCCGAGACUCUACAACCUAUUUAUGCUUUCCAUCUCUUCAGUUCCGCGAAUGUUUUCUCUCUUUGUUAUUGUUGCUAUUUUAAAACGAAUUGCAUCCGUUGUAAAACCUGUCUAGUUUUAUGAUCAUUUAAAUAUUUAAAUAAUUUCUGGGGAAUGCUCACGAGGUUCUUAGCGAACUCUUUUAUUCUUAGAUCUAUAUAAGAAAUAAUUCUAUUAGAGCUAUAAACUGGUAUGGUGUAUAUUCCUAAAGUAAAGUUUAACUUUGAAUUUAACGUGACAAACAGUUAAGGCACAAAUGUGACAAUUUUGUAAACAGUACCAUAAUGCACAAGCGUGAUACGGAAAAUGGUGGACGGUCUUUAUUUAAUAAACACUGUAACUCUG